AUGGCAUCGAUUCAGUGUUUGAAUCCAAAGGCAGAAUUGGCUCGUCAUGCGGCCGCUCUUGAAUUGAAUAUUAGCGGAGCCCGUGGAUUGCAAGAUGUUAUGAGAAGCAAUCUCGGACCAAAGGGUACCCUUAAAAUGUGAGUUUUAUGGAAUUUUGGUCAAUAUUUUUACCAAAAUUUCAAUUUUCAGGCUUGUUUCUGGUGCUGGUGAUAUCAAGCUCACAAAAGACGGCAAUGUUCUCCUCCACGAAAUGUCGAUUCAACAUCCAACCGCUUCAAUGAUCGCAAAAGCUUCAACAGCUCAAGAUGACGUAACUGGAGAUGGAACAACUUCAACAGUUUUGCUCAUUGGAGAGCUCCUCAAACAAGCCGAAUCGCUUGUUUUAGAAGGUGUUCAUCCACGUUUGGUUACCGAAGGAUUUGAGUGGGCGAAUCAGAAGACUUUGGAAUUACUCGAGAAAUUCAAGAGACCAGUCGGCGUCGAUCGCGAAAUCCUCAUCGAAGUCGCGCGAACUGCACUUCGCACCAAAUUGCAUCAAAAACUCGCCGAUCAUAUCACCGAAUGUGUUGUUGAUGCGGUUUUGGCGAUUCGAAAAGGAGACGAGGAACCGGAUUUGCAUAUGGUUGAGAGAAUGGAAAUGCAUCAUGAUAGUGAUAUGGAUACAACAUUGAUUCGUGGACUUGUUUUGGAUCAUGGAGCAAGACAUCCGGAUAUGCCGAGACAUGUUAAAGAUGCUUUUAUUUUGACGUGCAAUGUUUCAUUGGAAUAUGAGAAAACGUACGGUUUUUUGAAGGAAAAUCAUGUUUUGGACCUUCUGGCGUUGUUAAAAAUCGACUAAAUCACAUUUUCAUGUUUUUUUUAGCAACUGAGUUGAACUAUCGGAUUUUAAUCCUAUUCAAAGGAUAAAAGGGGAUAAGGAAAAGUGAAUGUUAUAAAUUUUGAUGACUUUACGUUAUCCAUAAGUGAUUUAGCGGCUUAUCGACUAAACCUCGCUAAAUCACUUAUGGCUAACGUAAAGUCAUCAAAAUUUAUAUCAUUCAGUUUUCCUCAUCCCCUUUCAUCCUUUGAAUAGGAUUAAAAUCCGAUAUUUCAACUCAGUUGCUAAAAAACAUGAAAAUGUCAUUUAGUAGAUGUCCAACUAUAGUUUGAAUAUGAGUUAUGACGUGGCAAACUUUGAAAUAUUGUGACUUUACAAGGCUUUGUCGAAAAUCUGAGUAUUUCAGGAAUAUCGAUUUUCCUAUUUGUAACCAAAUUUGAUUUCAAAGUUAUUUUACUAGGCUAAUCUGACAAAUUAUCCAAAAAUUUUCUGAAAUCCGCGAUUUUUCAGAUAAUUCCUUGAAUGGUACGGCAAAAAAAUGAAAGAUAUUCAUCUCUAGAUUUUUAUGGAGGGAGUAGGAAAAAUUGCUUAUGGACUAGAAAUUUCCUAGUCCCUCUAUUUCUCAAAAGCUUUUCCUCGGGCUUUAUGAAAUCGAAAAAGCUUUUUCGCCACUUUUAAUACAGAUUCGGACAAUCUAGAGAUGAAUAUCUUUCAUUUUUUUUGCCGUACCAUUCAAGGAAUUAUCUGAAAAAUCCUGGAUUUCAGAAAAUUUUUGGAUAAUUUGUCAGAUUAGCUUAGUAAAAAUAACUUUGAAAUCAAAUUUUGGUUACAAAUUGGAAAAUCGAUAUUCCCGAAAUACUUAGAAGCCUUGUAAAGUCACAAUAUUUCAAAGUUUGCCACGUCAUAACUCAUAUGCACCCUUGAGUUCUUCAGUAUUUAACAACGUCAUCGUUACCAGAUGGUCCAAAUCUACUCCCCUUCAACCGUUUUUGUUUCCAGCGAGGUAAACUCUGGUCUCUUCUACAAAUCGGCUGCCGAACGCGAAAAACUGCUGGCCGCCGAACGUGAAUUCAUCACGCGCCGCGUCCACAAAAUCAUCGAGCUCAAAAAACAAAUCAUCGACAAUUCGCCAGACGGCAAAAACAAGGGAUUCGUUGUGAUCAAUCAAAAAGGCAUCGAUCCACCGAGUUUGGAUUUGUUGGCCGCCGAAGGGAUUUUGGCGUUGAGAAGAGCGAAACGACGAAAUAUGGAGAGACUUCAAUUGGCUGUUGGCGGAGAGGCGGUGAAUUCGGUGGAUGAUUUGACACCGGACGUUUUGGGAUGGGCUGGUUUGGUUUAUGAACAUACUUUGGUAGGAUUUGCUUUGUGAGAGGAGAAAAUUGAAUUUAUGUUUUUCAGGGAGAAGAGAAGUACACAUUCAUCGAAGAAUGCAAAGAUCCAAAAUCAGUCACACUUCUUAUCAAGGUUUGUUUGUGGAGAAAAGUGGAGUUGGGCUGAAAAUCUGGAAAAUUUGACCUGAAAUUGUAAAAUUUUGGUGAUUUUCUAGAUAUUUCCUAUGCAAAAUAUACAGAAUAUUAUUUUGAUUAGAGACAAUGGGAGAUUGAGAGAGCGCAGACGAAAAACUCAUUUUUUCUCUGAAUUCUCUCAAUUUUCCGAUGUCUCUAAUCAAAAUAAUAUUCUGUAUAUUUUGUUUGUGAAUAAAAAUCCAAGAGAAAUGCCUGAACCUGAAAAUUUCACUCAAAAAUCGAGUUUUGACUGAAAUUUUCGGGUUCUCGCGCAGGGAAAUCUAUCGCCAAUUUUUUUGUCCUGAAAACCUGAUUUAUAACCAAAAUUCAAUAAAAAUAAUGCCUGAACCUUGAAAUUUCAGCUAAAAUUCUAGUUUUGGCUGAAAUUUUCGGGUUCUCGCGCAGGGAAAUCUAUCGUCAAUUUUAGACUUGAAAAAUACAAAAAUUUUUAUUUCAAGUUUCCCAAUUUUCCAAAACUCUUCAGAAUACACAAAAUUCCAGCAGCAAUGAUUAAAAUGAGUAGAAUAAUUGGAGAGCUGAAAAAACCUUGUUUUUUCAAAUUUUUCCUCAAAAAAAAACUCACAAAAUCACCAAUAAUUCCAAUAUUUCGUCAUCAGACAUUUUUUUUCAGCAAAAAAAAAUAAAAAUAGUGAGAAAAAAUUCUGCGGAAGCGAAAAAAUAACAAAAAUAUUGUUUCAGGGUCCAAAUAAGCACACAAUUACACAAAUCAAGGAUGCGAUUCACGAUGGAAUGAGAGCCGUUUUCAACACAAUUGUUGAUAGUGAGUUAUGACGUGGCAAAGCUAGAAUUCUAGGUUUUUGGCUGAAAUUUUGGGAAUGACGUGGCAAAAUUUCAAUUUUUGGACAAAAAAUUUGGAAAAACGACUCAAAAUCUGAUGUCCGCUUAAAAAACUAUAGUCUAUUUUGAGGAGAAACGUCAAACUAGACUCUAGUUCAUCCUUAUUUUCGAAAUUGGAAAAAAAUCUGUUUAGAAAUGCACGUGACAAAUUGGCAAACUAGACUCUAGUUUUGAAAAACUGGAAAUUUAGUUGAUUAAUUGGUGCCAAAAUUUCAUUUUUGAAAAUAUUCCACGUGGAUUUUUUGCGCCAAAAUUUUUAUUUUUCUGCAAAAAUUGCCACGUGGAUUUUUCAUGCUGGAAACAAUUUUCAAAAAAAAAAUUCCCUCCCAACCUCAUUUUUUCUUGCAGAAGCCGUUUUACCGGGAGCCGCCUCUUUUGAAGUUGCCGCCUAUGUUUUGUUGAAAAAAGAGUUGGAAACAUUGAAAGGACGUGCGAAAUUGGGAGCUCAAGGAUAUGCUCAGGCACUUUUGGUUAUCCCAAAAACAUUGGCUGUCAAUUCGGGAUAUGAUGCACAAGAAACAUUGGUGAAAUUGGUUGAGGAAAAACAGGCGGCCGGUGAUUUGGCUGUUGGUAUUGAUUUGGAAACUGGUGGAGCUGCUGAGCCACAGGUAGAGGAAUUUUUCUAGAGCUGAAAAUAGCGGCUUUUUUUAAAUCUCGAAAAAUAAUUAAUUUUGGAAUUUUUCUAGAAAAAAGAUGGAAAAUUUAAAUUUUUCUGAAAAAAAAACUUCUCUGUUUCAAAAUUUAUUAAAAUUACGCAGACGAUUUUAAUAAUAACAGUACGGUUAAGAUUACAGCGUGUCCUAUGUGACACAUUGAAAUUGCUUUUUAGUGCCCACGGAAAGGACAAAGGUUAGAGAAAGGAUUACGGUAUUUGGAAAGAGAAUAUGAGGAAGAAUAAGGUUAAUAUAAUCAGUUACCUUUACAGAAUAAUGUGUGAAGUUUACUAGAAAAAAAUUAUUUUUUUUAAAUUUACUGUUUCAAAAUUUUAUUGAAAAAAAUUAAAUUUUUUAUUUUUGAAAAAUUCGAUUUGAAUUUUUACUAGAAAAAUCUCAAGUUUUUCCUGAAAAAAAUCAAUUUUCACUGAAUUUUCAAAUGUCACAUUUUUUAGUACAAAAAAAAUGAAAAUUUGAAUUUUUCUGAAAAAAAACUUCACUGUUUCAAAAUUUAUUAAAAAUUGAUUGAGAAGUUGGUUUUCCACCAAAAUUUUUCAUUUCAAAAAUUAUUUAAUUUUUUUUGUUUUUGAAAAAUUUGAAAAAAAUUAUAUUUGAAUUUUUUCUAGAAAAUUCUUUCAAAUAUCAAAUUUUUUAAUACAAAAAAAAAUGAAAAUUUGAAUUUUUCUAAAAAAAAAACUUCACUGUUUCAAAAUUGGGUGAAACAUUGAUUUAUUUUUCUGGGAAUAAUGUGUGAAGUCGGUUUACUAGAAAAAAUUAUUUUUUUUAAAUUUACUGUUUUAAAAUUUUAUUGAAAAAAAUUCAAUUUCUUAUUUUUGAAAAAUUCGAUUUGAAUUUUUACUAGAAAAAUCUCAAGUUUUUCCUGAAAAAAAUCAAUUUUCACUGAAUUUUCAAAUAUCACAUUUUUUAGUACAAAAAAAAUGAAAAUUUGAAUUUUUCUGAAAAAAAAAACUUUACUGUUUCAAAAUUUAUUGAAAAUGUGCUUUUAGUUGAAAAAAUAUAUUGAAAAAUUGCAAAAAUAGAGAAAAUAUAGUUUUUGUUAAAAAGUUUGAAUAAAAAUGAAAAUCUUUAUAUCUGAAUAGAGAAAAUUGAGCUAAAAAUCAUGGAAAAUUCGAAAUUUUUCAGAAAUCUGAGAAUUUGAUGACUAAAAAUCUCCAAUUUUUUUCACACUCAAACUUUUUAAAACCCAUUUUUUGCAGGGAAUCUGGGACAAUGUAACAGUGAAAAAGAAUAGUUUGUCAUCGGCCACAGUUCUCGCUUGCAAUCUUCUUCUCGUCGAUGAAGUUAUGCGUGCUGGUAUGACUAAUUUGAAGACACCACAACAACAGGAUUAA